UCGGCCUUGUGGUGGCAGUAACGCUCCUUGCAGUUGGUAGUUUUUACUUCUUUAUCAGACAACAAGGAAGCGCCCGUGGUGGAACUAAGAUGUUUGUCAGAUGUUAACAAGUAGCUGUCCAUUGAUUCGCUGUUCGCUGGAGUAAGCAAAUUAGCAGGACUCCAGAAAUGGAGGCUGCAGGGGCAAAGGACAGUCUGGAGGCACAGGGGGCGGCGGCGGCAGCAGGACCUAGCAUUUCUGGACGACGACAGACCCCUGCAAAGCCAGUUUGGGCUUUGUUAGAGGAAGCAACCCAGAUGAAAACAGAAGGGAAUGCCUUCUACAGGGAGAAGAAUAUUCGCUCGGCCAUCGGGCGUUAUCACCGCGCUCUGCUGGUCCUUAGGAGCCUCGACUCUGAAGUGAUGGCAUCGGUGAAAGGGUUUGGACCGGAAGCACCAGCACUCACUUCUGAACAGGAGGCUUUGCUGAGAACCACACAAGUGGACUGCUACAACAAUCUAGCAGCCUGUUUGCUGCAGAGACAAAAUGUCGAUUACGCUCGUGUUCUCGAGUACAGUUUGCGGGUGCUACAAUGGCAACCGGAAAAUGUCAAAGCACUGUACAGGGCUGGAGUAGCCACUCUGGAGACCGGAGAUGCACAGACAGCCAAGCAGUACCUCACUCAGGCAUCCAGAGAGCAGCCUAAUGAUGCCAAAGUGAGGAAGCACCUGCAGAGGGCUGAGGAAAAGAUAAAUCGUGAUUUACAGAAAGAGAAAGCCAUGUAUCGAGGCAUGUUUUCCUCCGGCGUGAAGGACAGCUCCGGAGAAGGGAUUAACCAAACCAAUGGAGCUGGUGAUGGAGUGUAGUCUGCCAAUACAUCCUGCCAAAUACAGUCUAAAGCUGAGAGAGACUUUCCAACCUUAACUUACCAACUGUCUUGAAUGUCUUGAAUCACAAAUGCUAUGGUCUCUCCUUAAUGUGUUUGAGGUGCACAUUGGAAAGUAAGGAUGACAUGUUAUACACAAGAAACCCGACUGUAGGAGGGAGAGUAAAGAUAUGCUGUUGAAAAUAGAAAGAUGAUGACAGAAAAGUUAGUUUCCUAGCAACACAGAAACGAAAAUAAAGUUCAGUAUAGUUCACAGAAAUACGGGAAUUUCAAGGAAAUUCACUACACAAAUGCCUCAGUGAUUACAGUCACCCGGUCUGUGAUGUGAAUGCGACUUUUCAAGUAAAAUAUUUUUUUAAAUAAUAA